AUGGAAGUCACUUUGAGUCUCGAAGGUCGGUUCCUCGAGGAAGGAGGGAGGAAGUUGGGGUCUCUGUCAGCCAGCCCAGUGCCCGCAAUCCGUACCUUGCCCCAUGCCAAUGAAUGGGAAGUCAGAAAGGCCCGGUCGAACUGGCGACAGGCGGGUUCUGGAUGGAAGGCAAGGGAAGCUCUUGGGGGUAUUGCAAGUACACAGUGCAGUACAGAAACAGUUUGUGGGCGUCCGUCGUACGACCAGGGCAGCGCCCGGCUGACUGGGAUCACCUUUGACCGAAAGGGGGGCCUUGGGGCCUUUGCAGGCUUACAAACCACUGGAGAGGCCAUGUAUACUGUGCUAGCCACGAUGGAGGGCUUUUGCACUGUCCAGCCCCGCCAUUCCCGUCAAGCGAGCCCCACCCACCGCCUCACCUCGGCCACUCAGAGCUCGCAACUUCUCCCCCAGUUUCAAAAGGGAGGGGAAAGAGCGCACCACUGCACCACCGCCUUCACCUGCCACCACCACCACUUCUAUUCCUCGACGGAGUACGGACAUGAUCUGCCAAACUCCAUAACAACCGGUGGAAAAGCGGAACACCAGCUUGGUGAUCAGCUUCGAGCCUUCGACUACCUACCUAGAUUCAGCCAUCACCAAUACCACCAAUGCUACCAUAACCUCCCGAUAUUCAACACAGAGAAUUCAGGGUCCUUGUUAGGGCUCCGCGUCCCGAACCCUUUGGCCGGUGUCGCAAUCCUGCAGUUGCCAGGCUUUCUGUUACAAGGUUUCGCCCGCUCGCUGCAAAGGGAUGAGGUCAGCUCAGCACAGUGCACUGUUGGACUCCGUACGGAUACUCAGUACCGGCGUUCCACACUUCCUCACCAAGCAAAAAUGCCCGUCGCCAUCGAGUCCUCCACCAUUACGCCGUACCUUACCACCGGGGAACUUCUACCCGACUGGACUGCGACCUCGACUCUCCACCGCUCCCGGGAGCUAGCUGCUGGCCGGCCUGCUGCUGUCCACUACGCUGCAUACGAAUACAUAGCUCGGUCUACAGUGUACACGGCGCCAGGCGGUCCCGUCACUGUCUUCAGUGUCUUGGAGAGAUCGUGGCUGUCUGAGGUCAGUGGUGGGUUUGCCCCAUUCGUUUCCAUGGUUGGCUGCCGAAUCGGAACCUAUCCAACGCCGCCCUCAAGCCCGUCGAGCCCGUCGAGCAACGGAUCACUCGCCGAGUCUGUCGAUGCGGAGGACCAUCUUGGAUUCUUGAUUGACGGAAUCGCUGAUCCAGCAGAUCAGGAGCGGAUGGAGGUGCGGGAAGCAAGCGACGACGACGGACACCCAGAAUUCGGUGCGGCAUGCCACGGGAGAAUAGCCGAACCGGCCCUAUCACACUGUGUCGGCAUCCCCAGAGCUGCAGCAUUCACCACCCCACUACGUAACUCGCCACCCCCUGAUACUUGUCCACAGCCCGCCUCCCAAAUCACGACAAGAACGCACGCAAACAACCAUGUUGCUAUCCCCCAAGGUGUUUUGCACGGCAUACAUCUUGAUGGCUUGAACAUGUGUAACCAUCUUUUCCGCUGGUAUUUGGGCUCAAAUCGCGACAAGAACUGUCAUGCUCUUCGACUUUCAGCCGACGAAAUCUUCCCAAAGUUGAUCAACCCCUCAGCCUUCGCCUUCGUACGGAAUUUUUCCUCCAUCUGGAACUUGACAAGUGACAAGACGCGACAUCCCAGACAUCCCGCCAUCCCUUUCGUCUUGGCCCUUCCUCCCACUGCGACCGUCUCCCUUCGCAACGUGCCGACCUGCAACGCAAGCUCAUCCCAUAUCCCUUGCUUCGGUGCUUUCUUCGCAAGCUUUACACUUUUCCCAGUCCGAACGGCCCAAAACUCUACGCGGGGCUCACGGAACAUUCCAGCAAACCUUGCCUCUGCUCCUUCACCUUUCGAGGCUCUGACGCCCGCGCGUGUAAUAAUGCACGGACAAGAUGCAGCCCACGACUCGGCAUACUUUUCGUCCUGCAGGACUAGCACGUAUCAAAAGACCCCCACGACGACAGCCUUAAGUCUGCAGACCUCGUACCUAUCUUGCUGGCACCCGAAUGCCCAUAGAUCGAUGCGUACGCAUCUCGCAAUAUCCACUUACGGAUUCCUGAGUACAAAGUGCGACACUGUGAGCAUUGAGGAGUCAUUCGAAGGUUCGAUUGCCGGCACCCGCCGAUGGGCCCGAGUUCAGGCCAACGGCUGGCUCCGGCGACCCCCGGUCCAAUGUCCCAGCGGGUCGGGAUUGAUACGAUGUUAUUUCGAGUCUUUGCGAGUUUCCAGCCCGGACUCCGAACUUGUUUCCAACUAUUCAAUUCCAUGUGAAAUUGUCGAGUGA